CAGUCUACAAUACGGCUUAGCACCUGACCGAUACAGCGCACAUAUGAACCUGAACAUUGUAUGACGACAAUGUUGUGACCUUUAUGGUGGAUAAACACAACGAUUACUUGAAGUUACACGUUGCAAAGGAUGAAAGUAAGAAAUAAAUCGGCAGCACGUUACACUCCAGCGACACGUGAAGGCGAAAGACUGCUGCACACGUGGUAAUGCAUUAACUAAUCCGAUCGGAAGAGUUAGACAUCAUGCAAGACAUAACAAGCUGCAAUGUGAAGUCAACGUAUUGAGCUGUAGGUCGAUUUCCUCAACGACACAUGCGAGCGUAUGAAGCACAAUCUAAAGGUUCUUUCAUUAUGUAUUUCCGUCCCUUUUCUUUCUUUCAUUAUUUCUUUCGUUCUUUCCUACUUUGUCUUUGUACUUUCGUUCGUUCUUUUCUUUCUUGCGUUUCUUCUUUCAUAUUCAGACAUUAUAUCUUUGCUUGCUUACAAGGAUAUGGGCUAUUCCUUACGUUCACAUUUUUUUUAUUUCUUUCCUUCGUCCUUUUUUUCUUUUCUGUCUUCAUUCAUAUUAGCCAUUGUAUCUUUGCUUGCUUACGGGGAUAUGAGCCAUUCCAGAUUAUGUUAUCUUUCUUUAGGAUAUAAGCCAUUGCCGCUGAUGAUAUUUUCGUACCACCCGUAAACUUCUUUUGCAUCACUGGAGCACACGCCGCUUUCUUUAUUUAUGAGUCGUUCCAUCGAGCCACUUAAGCCUUUCGCCUUAAAACUGUACACAUUGUCGUUAGUUGUGAAGCAUCUAAUUAUCGCUUUGCGAAAGCGUCGCUUCAGCAUCGCGUUUAAGCGAUAUCUAAGUACGUUGAAUCCCAAUAUCUUUUAAGGUCUAUUUGGUUUCAGUAAUUUUACUUUCUGCGUUAUAUUUUUAAACUAGCCUACUCAACUCGCAUUUCAAGUUUCAAGUUUAAGUUUACUGUUUCAUUACAGGUACACAUAUACAGAAAAUGUCUUCAUUUCAAUAUGCUUACGUGAUCCAUGGCCAAUCUGCCAGAGUGGGUACAUGCCAGUGCCACAUCAGGGUCUACCGUGCGCGUGCAGGGGUUCCAAAUCGAGCCAUGCAGGUCGUCGCCCACGGCAGAAGCGGCAGCGGAAUGCAGCGGCCACCGCUCGCAGCCGCCGCCAGGGCUACUACGGCUCAGCUUACUGCGCGACACUGGAGCUGCUGCUAUGGACCCACCUUAUCAGCAGCCUUGGACCCAGUGUCGCGCCGUGACGAGCAGCCGUCGCCGCAGUGCCUGCAGAGGGUUCAGCGCGAUCUCGCGGAAUUCGCCCACCAUCCACCGCCGGGUGUGUUCAUCGAGCCCGAGGAGGAGGACAUCACCACCAUCCACGCCAUCAUAGUCGGGCCCGAGGGUACGCCUUACGAAGGGGGCUUCUUCCACUUCAUGCUCAAGUGUCCUAGGGACUAUCCCGUCGUACCUCCGCUGGCACGAAUUAUCACAACGGACUCCGGACGAGAAGGCUUCAACCCCAAUCUCUGCUCGAAUGGUAAGGUGUGCCUAAGCAUCUUGGGCACUUUUCCGGGACCACAAUGGAGUUCUGCGCAUUCUCUCAAAAGUGUGCUGGUUUCGAUCCAGUCGCUGCUUAACGAGAAUCCCUUGGCUAGCGAACCUGGAAUUGGGCACUUGGUCGGGCAUUGGCUCGGACGGCUGAGUGGCUACAACGACAACCUGCGCUACCAGACCCUCAGGGUCGCGGUAUGUGACGCGGUCGAAGCCUGCCUCCUGGGCACAGCUCCGUAUCCGCCGGCCCUGAGGGAGACAGUGCUGGCGCGCUUCGCCGAGAACUAUGCAAAGUACGAAAAAGCAGUCAGCGACCCCCACAGUUCGUCGUUCCUGUGGACUGUGCUCGGUACUUUGACUGGCGAGUCCCAACAGUACAAGGCACUGCUCCCGCGAAUGCAAGACUUCUACGGUCACUACAAACACGGUUUUCCGCUCAAAGCUGCGGUCAAGGCUUCGAUGGCUGAACGAUCUGCGCAAAGCUUUGCUCUCUACUCAAGUCACCUCCUACCAGCAUUUUUGGACCCGGUGUCGCGCCGGCACGAGCAGCCAUCGCCGCAGUGCCUGCAGAGGGUUCAGCGCGAUCUCGCGGAAUUCGCCCACCAUCCACCGCCGGGUGUGUUCAUCGAGCCCGAGAAGGAGGACAUCACCACCAUCCACGCCAUCAUAGUCGGGCCCGAGGGUACGCCUUACGAAGGGGGCUUCUUCCACUUCAUGCUCAAGUGUCCUAGAGACUAUCCCGUCGAACCUCCGCUGGCGCGCAUCAUGACAACAAACUCCGGACUAGUAGGCUUCAACUCGAAUUUCCGGUAUAAUGGUAAGGUGUGCCUCAGCAUCUUGGGCACCUCUCCGGGACCACAGUGGAGUUCGGCGCAUUCUCUUGAAAGCGUGCUGGUUUCGAUCCAGUCGCUAUUUAUCGAGAAUCCCUUGGCUAGCGAACCUGGAAUUGGGCACUUAGUCGGGCAUUGGCUCGGACGGCUGAGUGGCUACAACGACAACCUGCGCUACCAGACCCUCAGGGUCGCGGUAUGUGACGCGGUCGAAGCCUGCCUCCUGGGCACAGCUCCGUAUCCGCCGGCCCUGAGGGAGACAGUGGUGGCGCGCUUCGCCGAGAACUAUGCCAAGUACGAAAAAGCAGUCAGCGACCGCCACGGUUCGUCGUUCCUGUGCACUGUGCUCGGUACUUUGAUUGGCAAGUCUCAACAGUACGAGGCACUGCUCCCGCGAAUGCAAGACUUCUACGGUCACUACAAACACGGUUUACCACUCGCAGCUGCGGUAAAGGCCUCGAUGGCUGAACGAUCUGCGCAACCCUGUGCUCCCUACUUUGAACCCCCCCUACCAGCAAUUGUGGACCCGGUGUCUCGCCGUCACGAGCAGCCGUCGCCGCAGUGCCUGCAGAGGGUUCAACGCGACCUCGCGGAACUUGCCCGCCAUCUACCACCGGGUGUGUUCGUCGAGCCCGAGGAAAAGGACAUCACCACCAUCCACGCCAUCAUAGUCGGGCCCGAGGGUACGCCGUACGAAGGGGGCUUCUUCCACUUUGUGCUCAAGUGUCCUAGAGACUAUCCCGUCGAACCUCCGCUGGCGCGCAUUAUGACGACAAACUCUGGCCUAGUAGGCUUCAACUCGAAUUUCUGCAAGAAUGGUAAGGUGUGCCCCAGCAUCUUGGACACCACUCCGGGACCACAGUGGAGUUCGGUGAAUUCUCUCGAAAGCGUGCUGGUUUCGACCCAGUCGCUGCUUAACGAAAACCCCUUGGCUAGCGAACCUGGAAUUGGGCACUUGAUCGGACAUUGGCUCGGAAGGCUGAGCGGCUACAACGACAACCUGCGCUACCAGACCCUCAGGGUCGCGGUGUACGACGCGGCCGAAGCCUGCCUCCUGGGCACAGCUCUGUAUCCGCCGGCCCUGAGGAAGACAGUGCUGGCGCUUUUCGCCGAGAACUAUGCAAAGUACGAAAAAGCAGUCAGCGACCCCCACGGUUCGUCGUUCCUGUGGACUGUGCUCGGUACUUUGACUGGCGAGUCCCAACAGUACAAGGCACUACUCCCGCGAAUGCAAGACUUGUACGGUCGGGUGCCGAAGAACGCUAGUUCCGCCCAGAAAGAAACAUGACAGCACGAGGUCAGCGUGGCGAACCCGAUUGUAUAUUGUGCAUGGUUGCGAUGUCUUCGUCCCAUCGAAAUAAAAAAAUUUAAGCAGAAACUGUC